AUGGUGGAUGACCUAAAGUGAUUCCUGUAUAAAAAAUUACCAAGUGUUGAAGGGCUCCAUGCUAUCGUUGUGUCAGAUAGAGAUGGAGUGCGGCAUGCUUUGAGACCUGGUUGCUUAUCUACCUUUGCCCUUGCAACAGACCAAGGAAGCAAAUUUGGACUUUCAAAAGACAAAAGUAUCAUCUGUUACGGUAAUACCCACCAGGCAGUUCAAUUCAAUCGUUUACCUUUGGUGGUGUGUUUCAUAGCCAGCAGCAAAUCCAACACAGGAAUCACUGUCAACCUAGAAAGGCAGCUUGCUCCGUUAUUUGAAGAAUUGAGACAAGUCGUGGAUGUCUCUUAA